AUGUUGCUGGCCGUGCUGGCCUUCGCAGUUACGGCCCACGGCUUGCGGCUGCCCCACUGGCGCUCCACCGGCUGCCAGAAUGACGUGCGGGCGGGAAGCGUGCGGCUGAACGCAGAUGGCGGCCUGGUCUUCUCGGAAGACCCAGAGGGCGGCCUGGCCUGGGGCUCCUACCUCGACUCCCGCCACAGCCCUUCCAAUUUCGGUCAACUGCGGGUGACCACCUCGGGCCAGCACCCAGAUGAGCGGCAGCUGCAGGCCGCGGGCUUCCUGGAAGGCUACCUCACCGCGCAGCGCAUCUGGGACAGCUUCCUCAACAUGCGAGACUACUUCAAGGCAGGGAUGGGCGCCGAAAUCGAGAAGCCCAUGCGGAUCGAGGAGCAGGAUCGGUGGGUGAGGGGGCAGUGUGUCUCUGGGCCCGGGCAGCGUGUGGGCGCCGCCAAGAACGAGCGGUUCUGGGAGGCCGUGUGCCUGCUGCUGCACCAGUUUGAUGGCAUGAAGGCGGGGUACCGCGCGGCGCGGCAGGCGGCCAACGAUGCCGCCGCCAUCGGCGACAUGAGCGACUGGGACUUUCUGUUCCUGGAGUCAAACGGCGACCUGUACGACAUCAUCGACUGGCAGCAGCCCGACCAGCGCCCCAGCUGGGUGCAGGGCCAGGAGCCGCCCAUCCCGACGGUGCACCGCCGCAGCGGCGGGCGCCACUGGGGCGCGCUGGAGGCGGCAGCGCGGUUAGACCCGCACGCCGCCGCCGCCCGGCUCUUCUCCAAGAUCUACAACGCCUCUGGCUACCCCGACUUCAUCUCCAAGCUGGAGAAGUAUGGGCAGCACUUUGGGCUGACCACGCACUGGCUGUCGUAUCAAAACUCGCCGCGGUGGUUCUCCGAGGGCCACCCCAUCUGCGCGGUGUGCGGGCGGGGCGACCUGGACCCAGCCAACCCGGUGCCGCGCGGCUGCUUCGACACCAAGGUCACCAGCUACAGCCUGGCGAUGCAGCUGCAAGCUGAGGCGGUCAAUGGCCCCACCACCGACUCCUGGCCCUGGUCGGUACCGCCCUUCAGGUGGAGCGAGGCGGUGGUAUCCAACCUGACGCACAGGGGCCAGCCCGAGCGCUUUGCCUUCCGCUUUGAACGCAUGGACCCCGACUCACCCCUGCCAGACCAGCCCCCCUCCUGCUCCCGCCAGCAGCCGCAGCAGCAGCAGCCGCACGCGGCUGCGGCCGCCGCCGCGGCAGGAGGGGGCCUGCAGGACAGCUGA